UUAGAAAUAGAAAUAUCCUUUAUUUCUGUGCAACAGCAGCAAAGUGAUAGAAAGUCACACAAAGAUAGAAUAUAAAAUAUAGAAUAAAUACUGUGUAGUUAUGGAAAAACAGUGUGCAACGGAGUUGGUUGAUUAAAAAAAUGUGCAUGUCUCUGUCAGACUGUUUACAAUUAGUGAGAAUAAUUUCAUAAUUACAUCAUUUUGCUUCCAACAAAUAAAGUCCUAGAUCCUCUUUUACUGUUUCCUGUGACUCUUGUGUUAGUUUUUCUCCCUUUUGUUCAUCUGCGUCUUUCCUGGGUGUUGAGUGAACAAAAAGCGGCGAAAAGCUGCUCUGCGCUGCCGGCAGGUCAGAAAUGAAAAGUCAGGGCGCAGAAGGAGGUUCACGGGGUUUAACGAGGAUUUGGGCUGUAAGGGGGCGGAGCCUGCGGGUCCCGGGAUUGUAUCAUCCGUGGGCAUGCUCCCUCCUGCAGCCGUGACAUCACCGCAGCAUUCCUUUCCACAGAGCUGGAACAACAGAGACCCCCAUCACUCUCCUCAUCGCCAUCUCCUGUUAACCCUCUCUGCACGCCCCCAAAUCUGCUCGACUUCCAACAUCCCUUUUUUAGCUUUGAGGGAGCGGAGUGGACGUCACAGACCUCUGGAAGCAGCCAUAAUAUUUGCUGAUCAGCAGCCCUGAUAUGACCGAUCCAGUCCGGCGUUUUGGUUGCUCCACACUUCUUUGCCUCUACUAAUAUGCCACAAAGCGCUGAUAACCAGGAAAAGUUUAAGUCCACUGCUUACAGCUAUCAAAUGGUGUGUCCCAAAUUGGAGCUCUGCAGGGGCCAAAGCCUGCUAAUGCCACAAGAUACUGAUAGUGAGUCAAGACCAAAAGUGAUAUAAUGUGGGGGAAGGGAAGAAGGAAAGAGGGGGAAGAAAAAAAAAAAGGAGGCAGACCCAAUGAGGGAGGUAGUGAAAAUAAGGUUAAGAGGACAAUAAGGCAGAGCUGUAAAGGAGAAACGAAACAGAGGUGCAGAGCUGCUCAGAGAUUAGCUGUUCACUUUUUAUGGUCAGGAGGGAGGUUGAAUUGUCAUUCAGCCAGAGAAAGGAGGAGGGGUCGGCAGACGGCAGAGCUGGGGAGGGGAGGGAGAUAGAGGAGGAAAAAGGAGUGGCUUUCUGCAGAUAGGCGCCCCUCUCCACCGGAGUAAAGUCUUCUCUCACAGGCAGCUCAUGGGAGUGGAAAUAAAACAGAAACUCUGAUAUCCAGACCAAAGAAGAAGAAGAUAAAGACUUGACUUCACGCCUCCUUUUGUACCAGGCUGUAUGAGGGUUUCACUCAACCAUGGCAUCAGCAGCUCCCCAGAAAAGGAUGGUGUCCUCAGUCUUCAUCACGCUGUCGUCCCCCCACCGAGCCACCGUGACACAACAGCAGCAGCAGCAGCAGCCGGCCCUCCGCACCCACGGCGGCCCGGACAGGCAGCACAACACUGCAGGUGAUGACCUCUCCUCCCUCAGGCGGAGAGCAGAGGAGAUGUCGCCCACCAACACCGGCAGAAACUGGAUCGGUGCGGGGCCCCGGGCCAAAGCAUCCGGCCCUCAGAGUCAACCCCGACCUGCCCCAACAGGAGCCACCAAAGCCGAGGUGCAGGAGAAGAGCAGGAGCUCUUCAGCAGAGUUUUUCCCUCCUCCUCCUCCUGACAUUCUACCUUCAUCGUUCUCUGAAGAUGCAGCUCUUCCUCCUCCUCCUCUGUCCCUGACGUCUCCCCUCCAUCCACAGAGUCCUGACCAGCACCCAGUUUCCAACAAAGAGGUAAAAGUAUUUUCACCAACCAGAGGCUCGAAACACGAUGAAGAAACUAACGGGAUUCACAGAAACAGCCAGGACAUGACCACAGAGAGCAAAGAUUUGUGUGGCUUCUGUCGGAAACCCAUGGCUCUUUCUGAACCGGCGAUAGAAGCCCUGAACAGGAUUUACCAUGAGGGCUGCUUCCAGUGCAGAUCCUGCCACGUUCCCCUGGCUGGGAAGCAGUACUACAACAAGGCGGGAAUCCCUCUGUGUGAAGGCUGCUAUCAGGCCAGUUUGGAGCUGUGCUGGACGUGUGGGGAGAUUAUCACCGACCAGAUAAUCCGUGCCAUAGAGCGAACGUACCAUCCCUCCUGUUUCACCUGCACAACAUGCAACCAGCAAAUCGGAGCACAAGCUUUUGCUCAGGGGGAGGUUGGUGAAGUUUACUGUCUGCAGGACUACUACAGGAAAUAUGCUCCGAUGUGUAGCGCCUGUGACCAGCUCAUCAUUCCUAAAGAAGAUGGUACUGAUAGCUACACUGUUGAGUGUCUGGGGCGCUCCUACCAUGAGAACUGCUACAGAUGUGAGGACUGUGGCAUCCAGCUCUCCCCUGAGCCAAACGAGCACGGCUGCUAUCCUUUUGAAGGGAAAAUGUUAUGCAAAGCCUGCCAUGUCAGCCUGAUUUCCGGGCAGCAGUAACAUCACCUGGGCUCGCUGCAAGCAAGAGAAAACUGAGUGUUCAGCCCAACGAUUCACAUGUGCCUUUGCAGGAAAGCAUACGUCACAGUGCUUUCUUUGAUAUCGCAUUUAAUUACUUUCCAAUAUGUCAGGCGUUCUGAGAAAUACAAAUCAACUUUUCUUUUAUACUUGAUCAUUUUGCACUUGAGAUAAAAAUGCGUUGAACAUAUUUAUGCAACUGGCUUUGCAAAAACUAUGUGUAACAAAUUAGUAGAAUCUGGAUCAUAUUGCUUUUACUUAGCUUUGUACAAAAAAAAA